CGCUUCUGUUCUCUCUUCGCGUUCUUCUCCUCGUCCUCGUUCUCGUUCGAUCUCUCUCCGCCCUUUCGACCCCGCCUCUCCCCCCACCAAAUCUCACCUCGAGGCCGCUCCUUGGCUCCUCUGCUUCCUUGUUUCCCAUCAAGAUCCGAUCUUGUUCGUUUUUUCUCGUCGGAUCCCCGCCGCCCCGCGUUCAUACACGUGAUUCGUCCAUCAAUGCCACACCUUGAGCUUUAGGAGCUACGCGCGACGACGUUCUUGUCGGAGGGUAGCUCGCAUGAACGGUAUGAGCGCGGCGGAGUGACGGGAGGCCUUCGACUGGAAGCAGACGCGGAGAUGGCGAGCUCGGGGACGGAGGAGGAUGAGGUGUCGGCGGCAGGGCCGGUCCAGGUGGUCGAGGUGAAGAGGAAGCUUCUUUCAGCGUGCAUGACGUGCCCCAUCUGCAAUAAGCUCAUCCGGGACGCUACCACCAUCUCCGAGUGUCUUCAUACGUUUUGCAGAAAGUGCAUAUUUGAGAAACUUGAUGAAGAAGAAACAGAUUGCUGCCCCGUAUGCAAUAUUCAUCUUGGUUUUCUCCCUGUAGAAAAACUUAGGGCUGAUCAUAAUCUGCAAGAUUUGAGAGUGAAGAUUUUUCCUCUAAAGAAACCAAAACAUGGAGCUUUUGAUAGUGCCCCUUCCAUCACAUUGCCUGCUAGAAGAAAAGAAAUUUCUCUUUCUUCAUUGGUGGUGAACACUCCGAGAGUUACUAUACAGAUAGGUCCAUUAGGAAGGCGAAAAAGACCAGUUGGCAACAGGCCCACAUUUCAUGGUAGUGAAUCCUAUAAAAAUGAGGAUGACACUGCGGAUAAGUUUGCAAAAAAAUCAAGUUGGAAUGGAAACUCAACCAAGCAGGCCCUAAACAGAAGACAGGCUGCUUUGCCUUCUGACAAUUCCAACAGUGAUGCUAAUAAAGAUACAGGGAGUGAUGUAACUGCCACACAGGAUAAGGCAGAGCUCUGGAAACCUUUAAAUUGCUUAGUUGAAGCUGCAAACAGAACAAAAUCUUUUAGGUCUGGUCUACAGAAUUCUUUCAUUAAGGCAGAGCAAAACAAGGUUGCUGAUGGUGAAAUAAAUACUAACGAAACCAAGGUUAUGGAGCAUCCUCAUAAGUCUAAAUCUCAGGAUGAGAAGAAUGACAAUGCUGAAAUGGCUUGUAUGACAAUAAAAUCCAGAAGGCUGAAGUCAGUUAACCAGAAAAGGAGAAACCAUAACUCAACUCAAACAGUACAUGAGGUUUCUGAUGCUCUAAGUGACAAGAGAAUAACUCCAUUGUGGUUUUCCCUGGUGGCCUCUUUUGACCAGGCUGGAGGUUCCUCAUUUCCCCAGAUAUCAACUAAUUAUUUGCGGAUAAAGGAUGGUAAUGUACCUGUUUCUUACAUUCAGAAGUACCUUGUCAAUAAGCUUAAUCUUUUCAGUGAAGAUGAGAUCGAAAUAACAUGCCGAAAUGAACCAAUGAUGCCCACAAUGUCCCUGAACAAUGUGGUAGUACAGUGGCUGAAAGGAACACCACCAUCACAAAGGCUUCCAGCAGUUAUCGGUACCUCAGCGAAAGACUUCAUAGUGAUGUUGGGUUAUCGGCCACGCCAAGUUGGAGUGCCAAUUCAAUAAAUGUGUUGACAACACCGACCUUAGCUCAAACCCUCUUCACGGCUCAUGCUGACAUUGCUCAUUUCCAUGAAUUUCCUGUUGUUUAAUUUAUCGUCCUCUUCACUUAAUUGUAGAGUGUGUUACCAGGCCUAAUGCUGAUUCAACUAAUGAUAAUGUAUUCUUAGUGAUAUAAUGGUGGUAUAAAUGUGUUUCUCCCUGAAUUAGAGCUAGUUUCUGUAAAUUAUUAGACUUUAUAAUGAAUUUCUCUC